GUAUCGAACGCAGGUCGAAAUAGUCAGUGUUUAUUCACGUUCAGAAUUGUAAACCUAGUGUAAUUACAUACCGGUGCGGUAGUGCAACCGUCUGAGACACUGUGUCUAGGAAACCGCUACUAGCUGAAGUGUUUUUAGGAAUUUGGCAGAUUUUAAACCGUUGUAUUAAUCGUAUCAUAACUAAACAUGUCUCGCAUAGUGCAAUUGAGUGGUGCGGCUCUGAUGGUUUUAAUACUGCUUUGCAGUAGCCAAUUGUCAGAGCAAGCGGCUACAUUCCAACAGGAGCUCCCUCGAGUUGCUCGAUCAAUCGAGGAGGAGAAGUGCAUUGAUAACACUCCUUGCGGCUGGGCCAUCUACAAACCGUUCACACGAACCAUUGAAAAUUACAUGCGAAAUACAUGUAAUUGCCCGGAUGGUUUGAAAUGCGUUCGUAUCGAUGACGAUUUGUCCAUCAGUGCUUACGUUUACCGGUGCCGAAAGGUAGUGUAAGCUAGAAUGUGCCUUCAACAGCUCCACUCACGUCUUCGUGGAUUACUUUUCCGUCUGUACAGUAAUUUAUGAUUUGACCAGCUGUAAGCUUAACACUAUUUAAAAGUAACUUGUCAAUUUAUAUUUAAUUUCAUAAAAACAUUGUUCAGUUAUUAUUUUAAAUGAAACCACCUUUACAACUGUAUCCUACUAUGAGCUCUAGGUAGGAAUGAACAACUGAACAAAAAAGCUAGCUAGUAAGUGCAAAAGAAUAAAAGACGGUAGAAUAAGUGCUUAGUUUGUAAGGAUUUUCAAACAGUUCCUUUAGAUUAGGAAUCAAUGUUAAUUAGCAUUUAAACAUUUAAUUUCUUUCAAAAUGAAUCAACGUUAGAGCACAAGGGCACCCAAGCCAGUAACCAGAAACUAUCCUUAACUGAAAAAUCGAAUAAUAGAAUAAUCUAUCAUCGAUCAACAUGUGCGCAGAUUUUCUGCUCACGCUCGAAAGAAAAAGACAGAAGAAUAAAUGUUCUGUCUAAACUCAAAUUGCCGGUCAAUAUUAAAGAUUUUUUGGCGAUGCUUAAAAUUUAGCGUCAGGAAACAACUAUACAGGCAAUGGGACCAUUUUCACGUUUGCCCAAUACAAAGCACCCAAUGCGGAAACUCAGCAUUACAAAUGCGCCGUACUUAAAAUUUGAUUUGCUUUUUCCAUCACUAACUGGCAUUCGCUCCACUCAGACCGAAUGUGCGCCAAUUAACAUUGAUACUAAUGAAAAAUCCAUCGACACAAUAUUUCCUGACAUGACAGUCAAUGCAGUAUUCACCAUAUCAACCACCUGUUGCCACCAUAGACAUUCAAUAGUUAUCAAACGUACCCCACUUUUGUGCCAAAUUACAAUAGCAGCAUCCAUCACUAAGCAUUUAUAGAACGUAAAUCAGUAUUUGAACAAUGAAAUUGAAACAAAAAUUGCAACGCACACCAUCGGAACCUUUUAGCUACAAUGAACGACGUUUUUUAUAAAAAUAAAAAUUAGACCUAGUUUGAUAUUUGUAACACCUGUAGUAAUACCAAGUAUGUAGUAUUGGUAAUAAUAAC